UACCCUUCAUUAUCUAGUCUUGUUUAACAAUAAAUGUGAGCGGAGCUCAAAACCCUCGUUAAGCCCCUCCGUCCCCCACUGGCCACUGGCACGCACAUUCUCUCCGGCUCCUCCCUCAAAUCACUUAUAGAAAAUGUUGAUCCGACGCAUUGUGCUUACCAAAUCCCUCCACCAUUUCCGUUUAUUUAGCAACUCUGCCGCCGCCGCCGCCGCCGCCGUUGUACCAGAUCUUGAAGAUUUCCCAAAACCCAACCCUAAAUACGAUGAAACUAUUCACGCCGUUGUUCGUGUCACUUCGGGCAAGAACAUCUCUGCCAAAGAGAGGAAAGCUGGGCGAGUACCCAGCAUAGUGUUUGAACAAGAGGAUGGUCAACAUGGUGGUAACAAAAGGCUCAUAUCUGUUCAGGCUAAUCAGAUUAGGAAGCUUGUUAACCAUCUUGGUCGCUCACAUUUCUUGUCCAGGUUGUUUGAUCUUGAGGUUCGCCCUCACUUUGAAUCUCCUGACCUUAUUGAGAAGGUUCGAGUUCUCCCCAGAAAGGUUCAUCUGGAAGCCGGUUCAGAUGCGCCUCUUAAUGUUACAUUUAUAAGAGCUCCAUCAAGUGCUUUAUUAAAGGUUGAGGUUCCUCUUGUAUUUAGAGGAGAGGAUAUAUCCCCCGGUUUGAAGAAAGGGUCCUAUUUGAAUAUCAUAAAGAGAACGGUAAAGUUUCUGUGCCCAGCGGAUUUCAUCCCACCCUACAUCGACGUUGACUUGAGUGAGUUGGAUGUCAACCAAAAGUUGGUAAUGGGUGAUCUGAGGGUUCAUCCAGCUUUGAAGCUUAUCCAACCAAAGGAUCACCCUGUUGUCAAGAUUGCGGGAGCAAGAGUUUCUGAUCAAAAGAAAUCGAAAUGAAUUUUACUGAAGCAAUUGUCUGAAAAUCUUAGCAAGCUUAUUAUGAAAGGUAUGAUUAAUUCCGCAGCUUGGGAAAUUGGCAUUGCUGGCUGAUGUUAUUUACUGCAAGAUCUUGUUCAUUUGUUCUUGUUAAAAUAGGAUGAUUAGGUGACAGUAUCUCAAAUUUUGGAAUCAGCAGCUGAAUUGUAUGUCGAAUUGGUUAUACCCCAAUAAUUUUUCGCUUUGAAAUUUCAAAUCACGACGGCAUUCUCUGCUAAAAAGAAAAAAUACUAUGGUUGUCGCU